UUCUGGCGUGCCUUCUCCAUAUAUGGGACAAGUUUGGGUUGUCGGCGUCCCAGCUGCCAGGGCCGCGCCGGCGUUACAUGUUUGGGGAGCUGGGAUAUUUUUACCCCGCCGCCGGUACGUACUAGCUGCUAGCCCGGGAUAUUUUUGCUGCUGGAUAUUUCGGAGAGUUGCUGUGAUGUCGGUGCGAUAUUGAAACACUAGGACACGACCACCCGCAAGCCGACUACGCCACCUGACCCAGGGUAAACCCAGGAAUAUAUUCCGUCCAAGAUUCGGGAACAUUUCGUGGCCAAGACGUCGGAUAUAACGUCCUUUCGCUUCUCGGAUCUAAACCUUGAACGUCUUGCGCAGGCAAGAAGGCUUCACCACACGUCAUAGCUAACGACGUAACCACCAGGACGCUUCUUAAGGUUAGCGCCCUUUUAAGGACCCAGCCGGCUCCACUUCCGUAGGUUGGUGCGUUUCCCACACGUUUAACAUCGAAAGAAGAUGUGAGGAAAAAAUCUCCCUGCCAUGACGACGCUAUGUGCGGUGCCCUGCCAGUUUCUAGGUUUGAAGAUCCCGAUUUAUCACAGUGUUCUAGUUGACCAGCGUUGUAGCCGGGCGAUCCACCAUUGCGACGUUUGUAACGUGGUACAACGCUUGGAGUCUGGUGCAGCGAUCGUGUGUAAAUCCAUUCACUAUGGUGUGUGUCAACCUGUGGCCAUCCCCCCAACUAAAGCCAGGAUCAUCAAGAAAAGGGAAGAGAAAGCGACGGCCAAGGUUUCUCCACAUUCACCGCCUGCGAAGCCUCAGCUUUCACCCCAGCCUAAGGUAGCGGAUCAGCUGUCGCCCCAACCCAAGGUGGUGACCGAGGUCAAACCGACCACGUCUGCCACACCGUCCCCGAAGUCAGACCCGCCCAACCCCGCGCCCUCGGGCGCCUCCAUCCCGAGGUUCUACUUCCCCCUCGGCCAGCCAGUGUCGGAUGACGGCAAAGAAUUGAAGAAAGUGUCCGAGGUCUUCGGGACGAUGAAGGAGGGAAAAGCGUACAAAAAUGACUUCGGAGAAGUAGCAAAGGUGUGUAGUUGUCCUCUGUACUGGAAGGGUCCAUUAUUCCUGGCGGCAGGGGGAGACAAGCUGGGCUGCGUCACUUCCGCUUCCUUCCAACCCAUGUGGAAAAGGAUAAUCCAAAAGUACCACGACGACUACUCACGUUUCAUGGCCAUCAUGACCCGGAUGAAGAGAAGCUACCUGACAGCAGAUGACUUCGUGCCACUCAUACAGGAUGUUAUAGACACCCAUCCGGGACUCACGUUCUUACAGGAGGCUCAGGAAUUCCACUCCAGGUACCUGCACACAGUCAUCGCCCGGAUAUUCUACACCGUCAACAGGUCCUGGUCAGGUCAAAUCACCAUCCCCGAGCUCCGCAAGUCCAACCUAUUACAGGUGAUUUCGUCUUUAGAAGAGGAAGAUGACAUCAACCAGAUCACGGACUUCUUCUCUUACGAACAUUUCUACGUCAUCUACUGUAAGUUCUGGGAGUUGGACACCGACCACGAUUUGUUUAUAAGCCAGCAGGACCUGGCUAGACAUAACGAUGGUGCAAUAUCGUCUCGGAUGGCGGAAAGAAUAUUCUCUGGAGCGGUCACAAGAGGAAGCACAGUUUCUCGUGAAGGAAAGAUGAGCUACACGGAGUUUGUCUGGUUUCUGCUGGCGGAAGAAGACAAGAAGCACCCCACAGCGAUAGAGUACUGGUUCAGGUGUAUGGACCUGGAUGGGGACGGUCUGCUGUCCAUGUACGAACUGGAGUAUUUCUACGAAGAACAGUACAAUAAGAUGGUAUCCCUGGGAAUCGAACCCAUGCCGUUUGAGGACUGUCUAUGUCAGAUGUUGGACAUGAUCAACCCAACAAUACCAGGAAAAAUCACUCUGCGUGACUUAAAACAGAGUAGAAUGACUCCGCUGUUCUUCGACACUUUCUUCAACCUGGAAAAAUACCUGGACCACGAGCAGAGAGAUCCGUUCGCUGCGGCAAAGGAGGCUGAGGAUAUGGAGGGUAUGUCUGACUGGGAGCGGUACGCCGCGGAGGAGUAUGAGAUGUUGGUGGCAGACGAGACCAUGCCGGGACAGGAUGACGUUUUUGACGAUGACGUGUUGGAAAGUGCGGAGGUCAGAAGAGUCACCAGAGCCGACAUGGAGGAGGCGGAUUACGAUUACACAGGAGGAGCGUGACGUCAUCGGUGACAUCAACCAAUCAAAAGAAAGGACACAGAGGAGUACAGUGGACCUCUUCUCACACCAGACGCCAACCUUUAUAUUUCUGUAGGACCGGGAUACAGAAAAUGGACUAAGGAAAAAAAGUCAAAGCAAACCAAACGAAAUAGGCGCACAAAAAAUAAGGCUAUGGAAUGAAAUUUCAGUACAAGAUGAUGAUAAUGAAGAAUCAACAUACAUUUUUAUAUACGAGGACAGACGUAACGAUGAAAUAAAAGGUACGAUAAAUAGAAUAUCAUGUCAAGGAAAGGGAAUAGUAAUUUCGAUUCUUCCAUUGUCAGAAGAUGUUUUUAGGGACGUCCCUGGUUCUACCGAUGUUUAUAAUAAACAUUUGGCGUGCGAGACGUACGUGGUUUACGACUGUUACUGUUCAACAUCUGCUCAAAAUAAAAACUUUAGUCCAAGUCUAAGCUAGACUAACUAAACUACUCUAAUCCUGAUAGCUUCCGAACUUCACUAAGUAGUUCAUCUGGACGGUUUCUAUGUAUGUUCGGCUCAGAACCAAGAGG